UGAUGCACCGCUGCUGUCACAACAACACUUCGCCAUUUCAGAAUCAGGGGGGCCGAAACAACUCCCGCGAAGGAAUUAGGUCAACCGAGCGGAGGUGCCACGCUUCAUUGAAAACAUCUCUUACCUGUUCUUUAGCGUCAGGCGGCUUGGCUACCGGGUUCCGAUGCGUGUUAUCUGGUCGGUGCGGAUGAGCUUUCCCAGCGUGGGCCCGGGCUGAAGUGUCAAGUGCCAGUUGUCGGAUUUUUUUGCUAACAGCUAGCAAGCUAGCUGUGUGUAAACAACAAGAUGAAGCGGAUGAAAGGAGGAGAGGAGGACAGCAACAGCUCCUCCAGUAACAGCCCACCGGAGGCUUGCAAGAAGGUACGGAAGCAGACGGGCGAGGAGUCGGAGGCAGUUGUGGUCAGUGAGUCACCACAGGGUGACUGGGCACGACUGCCUCAGGAGCUCCUGCUACACGUCUUCCAGUACCUUCCACUGCUGGAUAGGGCUUAUGCCUCUCAGGUGUGCCGCGGGUGGAACCAGGCUUUCCACAUGCCUGAGCUGUGGAGAUGCUUUGAGUUUGAGCUCAACCAGCCAGCCAGCUCUUACCUGAAAGCCACACAUCCUGACCUCAUCAAGCAGAUCAUAAAGAGGCACUCCAACCACCUGCAAUAUGUCAGCUUCAAGGUGGACAGCAGUACAGAGUCUGCAGAAGCAGCAUGUGACAUCCUUUCACAGUUGGUGAAUUGCUCACUGAAGACCCUUGGGCUCAUCUCUACAGCCAGGCCCAGUUUCAUGGAGGUUCCAAAGUCUCAUUUCAUCUCAGCUCUGACCGUGGUGUUUGUCAACUCCAAAUCGUUGUCUUCACUGAAGAUUGAUGACACGCCGGUCGAUGAUCCAUCUCUGAAGGUGCUUGUGGCAAACAACAGUGACACCCUGAAAUUGCUGAAAAUGAGCAGCUGCCCUCACGUCUCCCCUGCAGGGAUCCUGUGUGUGGCAGACCAGUGUCACGGCCUGAGAGAGCUUGCACUAAACUACCACCUCUUGAGUGAUGAACUCCUGCUGGCCCUGUCCUCGGAGAAACACGUCCACCUGGAACACUUGCGGAUCGACGUCGUGAGUGAGAACCCCGGCCAGCACUUCCACACCAUCAAGAAGAGCAGCUGGGAUGCCAUGGUGCGGCACUCGCCCAAAUUCAACCUGGUCAUGUACUUCUUCCUCUAUGAGGAUGAGUUUGUCCCUUUCUUUAAUGACGAGAUCCCGGUCACGCACCUCUACUUCGGCCGCUCAGUCAGUAAGGAGGUGCUGGGCCGCGUUGGACUUCACUGCCCUCGUCUUGUGGAGCUGGUGGUGUGCGCCAACGGCCUGCGUCCUCUGGACGAGGAGCUGAUCCGCAUCGCCCAGCACUGCACCCAGCUGUCAGCCAUCGGCCUGGGUGAGUGCGAGGUGUCCUGCAGCGCAUUUGUGGAGUUUGUCAAGAUGUGUGGGCGCAGGCUUUCUCAGCUGUCCAUCAUGGAGGAGGUGCUGAUUCCAGAUCACAAAUACUCCCUGGAUGAGAUCCACUGGGAGGUCUCAAAGCACCUGGGCCGUGUCUGGUUCCCGGACAUGAUGCCGACCUGGUAAAGCGAAGCCAAAGAGGCACACAGAGUUCAGUGCUUCUAUUGUUGGGUGUGGAACAUUCAUGGCCUCCAUGUUUGCAUAGAAAAGCCUUUAAAUGCUCAGCUGUAGUGGAAUGUUUGGUGCCAACAGGGAGGGCAUAAACUUGCUGAACUUCUGUGUGGAGGGCAGGGCAGUGAUGUGAUGUUGCACCUGACUGCUACACAAUGCUAUCAUGACAUGCCAACACCACAGAAAUCUCUGCCUGCUAGCUUCAAAAUAGACUGUGGAAUCCUGCUUUGCCUAAUCUGAAGACAGAACUCGCGAAGCCGGCUUCUUUACAUAUUGAACAAUCAGCGCACAGACCAGUAGGUGGAAAUAUUGACUAAAAAACAAUGUUUUUAUAACUGCAAAUUGAGUUAUAUGGACAUUGUAGCUUGGUUGUGAUAAUCUAUAUAUGAGAGAUGAGUGUAUGUGUAUGUAUGCAUAUGUGAGUGUGUGUUAAACAUUUUUUUUAACAUUGUGGAGUCAUUUGAGACGAUUAGGUGCACAGUUGCAUGUUGUAACACUACCACUUGGCCUGUCUAAGAUAGCAGAUCUGCACUCUAACAAAAUAUGGCAUUGGACGUUUCCAAACGGCUGUGAUGUAAUUUGUACAUAGCAUGUGACAGAAGGUGUUUUGUCAGGUGUAGUCGAAGGGGAGGAUUCACUUAAUUUUUGCAGAAGUGGCUGGGUCCGACACUGCCAUUUUAAUUCAAUCAUAGACAGCGGCAGUGUUGUUGACGACAUCUUGCUUUUCCUCCUCGCCCGAGCUCAGUCAUGCAUCAAAAUAGAAGACAUGAUUGUUAAAAAUGUUGGAAGUUGGCCGGGAGAGACAGUAAAAUGUGUAUAUAGGUCUCUAUCUUUGUGACGUGAAGGUGUACAGUGUUGAUGUCAUGGGUUUUUAUUUUCUCCAGAUUAUGCAGAUUUUUUUGUUCUUUCAUGCAUAGCACAUCGAUUGGCUGGACAAAUGAAUUACUCAGUUUAGUUUCAAAGAAGGGUUCUGUACAGUAGAUUAUCUUAAGCACCUUAAAUAAAUACCAAAUGAUAAGCAGGACAAAACAAGUCCUUUUGACCGAACGAAAAUAAUCUUUAUAAUGCUUAAGUUUAGCGGUUGAACCCAGUUUUCAAUGAUGAUUACUCACACUGUACUGAGGUUCUGUUGAAUCAGAUACUGUGGACAGUUUAUUGAAGUAAUAGUUAUAAUUACUCAUAUAAAAUAUAGAUAUAAUUUUUUUUAUGUAAAUAUAGAUAGUACACAGAUAGUCUGAAUUUGGAGGUAGAGGUUGCUUCGCAGUAAUUCAAUAGACUUGUCUCUGUAGCUAUUUGCUUACAAUGCACCCUGGGAAUGAUCAGACAGAGCGUGUUUUUCCAGCCUGACGCAACUUUUCGUCAUUGUUUUCAGUCAGUGCGAACCGUAUCGCUCGCUGAUUUUGCUUUGCUGAGUGCCUCACAUUUUUGUAGGUGCACCCUGAACGCCUUUUAGAUGAAAAAAAAAGAAACUGAGCAGAAAAGCGAAUGGCAUGAGUGGCAUUUUUUUUCCUGUUGUCCAAUCAAAUGAACUGAGAGGCAGGCCUUCUGUGGGGGCGUAAAGUGUUGGUACAUGCAGGCGAGCGUGACCAUCGCCUGCUGAUGCGAUAUUCGUGCUGAAUGUGGGCAGCGCCGAUUUGAUGCACAUGGAAAGCUAGCUUGCUCGCUAAUGUUAGCUAGCUUGCUAAAAUGACAGUGUUGUUAGGUUCUGUCUCCUGACACAUCUCCCAUGCUGUUUGAGUUUUUCAUAGCCAAUAUCAUACAGCAUCGGCCCACUGGGUAAAGGAACAAUCAGUGACUGCUCCACACAUGUUUCUUUGCCAUGGGUUGAGGCUGUGACUUCACUAAAUUUGAACUCCACGUGAUGUGAAGAUGCGAAUUUGCUUUGGCCAGAAGCAGAUGUUGUAUUUGCCUUCUUUGCUCGCAUUGAAGGGAAGUGAACGGGUGGCACAUAUUUGCAAAUGAUAAUUUCACUCACAUGUGACCAUCCUCUUAAGCUAAUGCUCACUUUCAUCAUCGCCCUAUUAGUCAAGCUGCAAGACACAUCUUGAUCUGAACAAUUUGUAGCCUCCACUACUUUCAUAAUGUUUUCUCAGCUGUAGUUAGGCCCGACGCUUCACAGCAGGUUGUCAAAGUGUCCACAAAUAAACCCUGAACCAAUCAUCAUCCAGGUAAAGCUCCUGGACCAGCUGCUGGUCCCUCCUGAGGGUCUCAUGUACCCACACAGGUCUCCGUUGACCUGUGUCCAGUUCCCAAAUGCCCUCUGCCUGUCCAUUUUUUACGCAGAUCUGUAUCUUAAGAUCUGCGUAAAAAAUGGACAGGCAGAGGGCAUUUGGGAAGUUAGCUUCACAACAAAUUAGCGGUUGGUGGUUGCAACAAUAAUAAAAAAGACGCAGCAAGCUACAAAAUGCGCCCUCUGUCUGAUCAGGUCUGAACCCUCUGUGUGUCCCAGGUGCAUUAAAUGAGUUUAUUUCCCUUUUAAGAGGUUUCAUUUGUAUCUUCUGCUAUUUGCCUGUUCAAGCUCUAAACCCUGGCUCUGUGUUGUGAAUACCUGCCCUCCUGUUAGCCCACGUUCUGCUCUGUAUCGUGCAACCACAUCGUACAUACAGGAGAGGAUGCGGUAUUCAUGUUGUCAUUACCAACACUAUCUUUGCAGACAUCGCCCCUGUCCAAAAAACAUCCAUUCAUUUCAGUCUUAAGAGAUUUGGCAAGUCAGAUGAGUGAAACAAAAGUUUUUUUUUCCUUUAAGAAGGAAGUCAAAAGGAUUCUGUAUAUAAAAUGCUGUGUGUUUGAUUAUUCUGAAUAGAAAUGCACUUAUUUCUUUAUUUCGCCCUCUGUCAGGGUUUGAAGUUUCCUUAACCGGCGGCUUGUGUCUUUUAUAAAACCAGAGUGCGAGUUAUCCUUUACUAGAUGGAUCUUUUUCAUACUGUAGUCACUAGAGAAGAUGAGCUAUGUAAUUUAUUGAUAUGGAUACUGCUUUUGUAAUUAAUUUGUGUUUUUCAGUUAUUCAAAAGAAGCAAUCAUGAUAAUAACCAGCAAGCAGAUAAGACCAGCAGCGCGAGUAGUUUUUCUGGAUUUGACAGUUUCACCUCUGUCACUACGAUUUUGUUGCAUGUGGGUGGUCCACAAGUUUAGAGUCCACUGUUAUGAGCUUUUAAUCAUGCAUCAACAAAUGAGAGAUUUUAACAACUAAUUUUAAUCCAAAACAACAGAGUCAUUACUUUAAACAUGUAUUACUUAUAAGUAAUAUUACUCAUUAUUCCCUGAUAAAAUUAAUUAGUUACACUACUUGGUAUAUUACUUUUUCACUACACCCCCAAAAACUGUUAAUUGCAUCCUUCCUUCUGUAAUUUCAGACUUGCAUACCUCUGUGCAAAUGUCAGGAUGAUUUCUGGUAAGCGCAGCUGAGGCUGGACAGCUUGUAAAUUAUUUUUUAUCAGGGCUCUGUUGCUUGUGACCGGUAUUUUAGCAAGGAGCUGUUUGAAAAAUAGAGAGUCAGUCAUGGAGAUAGGCAACUUUUUAUCCACCACAUUUUGGCCACAAGCUUUCCCACUGUCAGGUACAUCCUGGGAGAGUUAUGAAAAUAGAAAAACUGUCUUUCUGGUCUGGAAAUGGUUUGAAAUUAACUGAUUGUUUGAACAUAAAUUGUUUUGGCUUUUGUUUAAAAUAUGUCAAUGAAAAUCCCAAAACCUUUUUUUUUUUUUAAUUUAAAAUAAGUUUCUAGUAUCACUAAUUGAAAAUCUCGUGCUGCGCUGUGUGACAGUUGAAAUGUCAGUAGUGUCACAUGAUACACAUCAGCAUAUGCAGCCAGUUGGUGGUGGGAAUGUCUAAUGAGCAAGUGAAGUUAGCAAGUGCUAGUGUUAUCUUAUCUGCAAAUGCCUGGGAAGACUGAAUUUAACAAUUUAUGGCUUUCAAAUGACAAAUAUAAAACGUGGCUCGAGAGAGGCAGACCCUAGCUGUACCAAAACGUUUGACGUUUCCAACAUGGGGGAGGAGCUGUGGUCAGCCAUGCUAAAAGGAAAAACAUUAAGACAACCAAAAGGCGGCACAAAGGUCUGCCAACCUGUUUUAAACUACUUAAAAAGUAAUGCAAACAGAAUACAUUAUUAUGGAAAAUUUGUGGAAAAGUUUGGAAAAUUCAUUGGUAAAAAUAUGUGUGAAACCCUGUUAGCCUGCAGCUGUUCAAGAUUAAAAUCCUGUUCUGGGUGUUCAGCCAGGGUAGAGCUACAGCCAUCCUACAAGGAGGGUGUAUUUCUGCAAGCUUUAUGUGAUUGCACUGUCGGUCACAGUAGGUGUUUCAGGAGGUUUUAGGUUGUGUUUUUCACUGUGGAAAUAGUCUUAGUACGACUAACUGGAACGAUGACGUUCUCGUCAUCUUUUCUCCUGACAAAAUAUAAGUAAUGGCAAUAUUUUCAGCUCCUGAAUGUAAAUGUUUUCAUCUUUCAGACAUGCUUGCUGCUUGGUGACGUGCAUGUGCGAUGAUUUUGAAAAUGAAGUCAGGGAUGUAAUUGGUUGAGUUUCAAGUCAGUAGGGGGUGACAACAAAAGUAAGGCUGUUAUAAGUUUAUUUUGGGGGUAACUGUAGUAGUAAUAUUACUGACAUUUUAGUAGUAAUGUGUUGAAAGGAAAAGGUAAUACUAGUGAUGUCUCCAACACUGCUUAAAGGUUACACUCAUGCUAAUAAAUCAAACCCUGCGCUCUCAAAUGGCACAAAAAACCCCAAAGUAGGUCUACAGCUGUUGAAUUUCAGGAAGAGAAAUAGUGCUGACCUCUAUGGCUUUCUCUUCACAGUCACCAGAUCUGAUUCUGUCUGAUCAAAUUCAUGUGAAAGUUAAUUUAACAUCGGAUGAAACUUUUCUCAGGCUUAAAGAAAAACCUGCCAAAAUAAAAGACUAGAAAAACGUGCAGAAAGGGGUAGAAAGUCAAUCAAAUAAUACGAAAUUAUUAGCAAAAAUCACAAUCAAACUAUUUAAAAAAAGUCAUUAAUACAUGUCAUCAGAAGAUAGAUAAUUCGACAUCAUAUGUAUUAUUAGUUAUCAGUAGUGGACAAACUUUUGGACCACACCGCAUGUGUGGCAUCUGUAGAUUUUCGUUUUCUACCAGACUUCAUUCCUUCGAUCCUUGUUGUACUACACGUCAUGUAACCAAACAGUAACAUAGAUUAAAACUGAGACACAUGCUGCAGGAAGUGCAAACUCUAGUUUCAUUGGACUGACCGAACAGUCUAUUGAUUAGUAAUCGGUGUCUUUAUCACUGACGUUAGAUACCUGUGCUGAUCGUCUGUGCUCUUGUGCAUUAGCAUCUCAAUGGUACAGUAACAUAUCUCCUGAUUUAUCUCUCAGAAUUUGUGCAGUGUGUUUAAUGGUUGCGGUGACAGCAGCUCUAAAGUCAAGGUUGUGUCUCAGUUCUGUACUGGUUUAAUCAUUUUCCUGUUAUUGGCUUUUAUUGGGAGAAUUCAGUUAAACACAGAUAAGAGGCAUCUUAAUGAGGUGUGUCGUCAGCGACUGUCAUUUGAACCUGAUUUUUACAGAGAGUCCUUCAGUGAAGUUUCAUUAGGAGUAAACUGGUGUUGACAACGCUGUCCUUUUAGUUUUGCUUCUGUAUGACAAAUGCUCUGUCUACUUUGCUUAACUGGUCACCUGUCUUGAAAUUAAAUUUAUUGUUUUGGACAUGUGAUCUUAUACUGGUUAAUAAAAAUUUGUGAAUGUAAA